AUGUCUGGGACGUUCGCUUAUCAUUACUCGUAAAAGAGGGACCAUUGUGCGGGCCACCACACAAGGUCUGGUCAGCUCGCAUAUAUAAAAUCGAUGUUGCUACAACGAGAGCAGGAGCUAGAUAAUUGGAUGGGUGUCACGGGAUUCCCCGUUCCUGUUGUCAUGGUUAUGUCAUAUGCUUGCGGUUAUGCAUACGUCAUGGGGUCUGAUCAUACGUCUAGGGUCAUGCUAACGCAUAGGCCUCUGCUCCAGUACUUAAGGUCUGGUUGCACGCCCAUUCCUGUCAUUUAGCUCUUGCUCUCGUUGUAGCA